AUGCCGAGACCCCCGGGGGGGGUCACGGUCGUGGGGGACCCGCUGCAGGCUGGGGGGGGACACUCCCGGGGUCAAGGAGGAGCCCAGGGGGUGCCUGGGGACCCCCCUGACACCGCCGUGUCCUUGUGCCCCGCAGCGCCCCAGUGGCCCCCCCGCAAUGGCAGCGAGGCUGAAGGCGGAGGCUGGGGGGGCUCCCUGCAGCGGGACCCGGCGAGCGGAGCCCCCCUGGGGACCCUGAGCAACGGCACCAACCCCGGGGGGUCCCCGUCGGCCGGCGAGACCCCUCCGGGACCCCAGCUAGAGCCCCCCGGGGGGGGCACGGCCUCCACCACGGACCCGGCCGGGAGCCUCGCGGGGUGCCCGGGGUGCGCCGGGGAGGGCGACGCCAGCGCUCUGCCCCCCACGCCCGGCUCGGCGGAGGACAACGAGGCGGCCACCGGUGUCACCUGGCCCGGCGACGGCGGCACGGUGGCGGUGGCCAUCGGUAGCCCCGAGGAGGCCGGCAGCGGCGAGCAGCCCACGCGGGCCUCGCUGCAUGGCCCCGGCUUCCUGGGGGGGCUCACGGCCGCCCCGCCGAGCCUCCCCGGCCUCCCCAGCCCCGGCCUCCCCAGCCCGGGGCUCGGCACCGAUUCGGCCGAAUCCGACCUGCUGCUGGCGGCCGGGGGCUCGGCCGCGGUGCGGCCCCCGGUGCCGGGGGACUCAGGGCUGGAGCUCCGGUUGGCCUCAUCCAGCCCGGCCCCGGCGCAGGGGGCUCGCGGCCGCACGGAUCGGACCUGGCUGGACGUGCAGGAGCCCGGCACCGCCACGCCGGGCACGGCCGAGCCGCCGGCGCCCGAGAUCAUCGACGUCGACUACUACGACCUCUUCGAGGGCGGCGAGGGGCUGGGGGGCGGCCGGGGGGCGGCCGGCUCGGCGAGGAGGGAGCCGGGCGGCGGGGCCACGCCGUGGGCCCUCCACGAGCUGUAUGACGACUUCACGCCCUUCGACGAGUCCGAUUUCUACCCCACCACCUCCUUCUACGCCGAGGGGGACGAGGAGGAAGAAGAGGAGGAUGAGCUGGAAGACGAGGACGAGGAGGACGAGGAGGAAGACGGGGGCCUGGAGGACGAGAACGGCUACCGGCCGCCCGCCUCGGCCGUGCCCCGCGUCCCGCUGGGACCACGGGGACCCCGACCCAGCCCCCGGCCACCGAAGCCCCCCGGUGCGGCGGGGGGCAGCCCCCCAGCACCGCCGCGGCCCGGGGAGCGCGUGGUGCCGGAGAACGGCACCGAGUGCCGGAGCGGCUUCGUGCGGCACAACGGCUCCUGCCGCUCCGUCUGCGACCUCGUCCCCAGCUACUGCCACAACGGCGGCCAGUGCUACCUGGUGGAGGGCCUCGGGGCUUUCUGCAGGUGCAACACGCAGGCCUACACGUGGCACAAGGGGACGCGCUGCGAGUCCAUCGUCACCGACUUCCAGGUGCUGUGCGUGGCCGUGGGCUCGGCCGCCCUGGUGCUGCUGCUGCUCUUCAUGCUGACCGUCUGCUUCGCCAAGAAGCUCUACCUGCUCAAGACGGAGAACAGCAAACUGCGCAAGACCAAGUGAGCGGGGCGGCCCCGGGGGGGGGGGA